AUGGGCACUGAGCCCGGGCCCCAGGGCAGCUCUGGGGGCCCUGCGGGCAGAUUCCGAAAGGUCUCCAAGCCGCUGAUGGAGAAGCAGCGCCGGGCGCGCAUCAACUUGUCGCUGGAGCAGCUGCGGGCGCUGCUGGAGAAGCACUACUCGCACCAGAUCCGAAAGCGCAAGCUGGAGAAGGCAGACAUCCUGGAGCUGAGCGUCAAGUAUAUGAGGAGCCUCCAGAGCUCCGUGCAAGGGCUCUGGCCGGUCCGCAGCGGCGCCGAGUACCCGCCGGUCCCCCGCGGCUGUCCGGCGGGCGUCUGCCAGCCCCGGCGGCGCGGGGAGGACGGCGGCGGGAGGACGGCUCCGCGGGGGCCGGCGCGCGCGGCGGGCAGCACCAUGGACAGCGCCGGCCCCCGCCCCGAGGCGCCCGCCACGUGGGCCCCUGAUCCGGGUGCUGGCGGCUCGCGGGGCCCGCCACCCCGGCUCCUCCCCGGCGGCCUCCCCGGCCCGUCCACCGACCUCCCGGCGCCGCAGCCGGCGCCCCGUCACUGCGCCCAGAGCCCGGGGCCCGGGCUGCGCCUGUGGCGGCCGUGGUAA